GGGGAACACAGCGCACCCGAUCAAUAACGUUUCGUUUUUCUUUCCACUAUGCCCAAAAGAGAAAUUAAAGAGAAAAACGAUACACCUUCCAAUAAAAGGACAAAAGCCGUGGAUAUACCUGCUUGUCUGCAAGAGUUACAGUCUAAAUUUGAAGCCGUCAAUAUUUAUUGUUCCUUCUGUGAUGCACGUUUAACCUCCAGUGUGACUCUAGAAUCCUUACAGAAAGCCGUGCCCUCCUUAACCUGUGAAGACCUUGCAGCCAUGAACGUCAUCCUACCAAACUUUGUAAAGUUUAAUUCGGUUUCUACCGAAACGUUACAAGUUGAAUUUGGUACUCCUGUGAGUAAAAAAUCAUCCAAAGACAAACAUGGCCAAGCUUUGCGUAACCGCGGCGAUGAUUGGUUUAUCGAUAAUAACAAAAAUCAGGCAGUGAUCAAACCUGACCUUAUAAAAAAAUCCAUUGGACAACAAAACAAGUUGUUUAAAGAUGCCAUACCAAACUUUCUCAAGACAUGUCAAGAAAAGAAUGUAGACCCAAAAGUGUACUUGUUGGAGCAACAGGAAAGAUAUAUGCCAUGUCCAUUUUUUGUUGACGAUAGUGAUUUGUUUCAAGAUCAACCACUUGCGCAGAUAAAAUCAAUUUCCCAAAUCAUUGACGGUCUAAAAUCACAAGUCUUUUAUGACGGUCAACUCGACAAACCUGAAAAUAUUCUCACUUUCCCCGCUAGACCCGCUCUCUAUGGCGAUUAUGAACAAUUAUCUCCUCAAAUCAAUCUGGCACUAAAGGAAAAGGGAAUUCAUCAAUUGUAUCUUCACCAAACAGAAGCAUUAAAGGGCUUAUUAAACAAUCAACAUGUAAUUGUUUCCACUUCCACUGCAAGCGGAAAAUCGUUAAUCUAUCAAAUACCUGUAUUAGAAACUUUAUUAAAGAAUAAAUGCGCAAAAGCCAUGUACAUCUUUCCCACAAAAGCCUUAGCGCAGGAUCAAAAAAGAGCACUAGAGGCCAUCAUGCACCAAAUACCGCAUUUAGAACAUGUCAUGAUAUCGACAUUUGAUGGGGAUACGCCCACAGAGCAAAGGGCAUUCAUUAAAUCCAAUGCAACCAUCAUUUUUACAAACCCGGAUAUGCUUCAUCAUGCUAUUUUGCCGCAUGCCAAGUCCUGGAGUUUAUUUCUUUCACAAUUAACCCAUGUUGUUGUCGACGAAUUGCACGUUUAUAAUGGACUUUUUGGUACCCAUGUUGCCCUCAUUAUGCGUCGACUAACAAGAUUAUGUCGUUAUUACAACAAUGAAAAUAUUAAAUUUAUUUCAUGCAGUGCAACAAUUGAACAUCCUGACAAGCAUAUGCAAACAUUAUUUGGUGUUGACAAUGUGAAACUUGUUUCUCAAGAUGGAGCACCGCACGGUCAAAAGAAAUGUGUAGUGUGGAACCCACCUUUGCUUUAUCCGACAAAACCAGAAAGAAAUGACGCCACUAUGGAAACCGCAAGACUAUUUCAAUACUUGAUAGAAAACAAUGUUCGAACCAUUGUUUUUUGUAAAGUACGCAAGACGUGUGAAUUAUUAAUGAAGCAAGUACGUGAGAACUUGCGCCAAAACCCAACUUUGUUGCAGCGGGUCAUGAGUUAUCGUGGAGGUUAUACACCACACGAUCGUCGAGAAAUCGAAUCGCAAAUGUUUGAAGGAAAACUCUCCGGAAUCAUUGCUACAAAUGCCUUGGAAUUGGGUAUCGAUAUUGGUGCUUUAGACGCUGUCUUAAUGGUUGGUGUACCCUGGUCUAUAUCUGCAUUGUGGCAGCAGUCUGGCCGAGCUGGUCGAAGGAAUGAAGACUCCUUAACUCUUGUUGUGUGUGAUAAUAACCCUUUGGAUCAAUACUAUGCUAACCAUCCCUCAGUUCUAUUCGAGAAGACUCCGGAUAUUCUAUCUAUUGAUUUAGAAAACUCAAUCGUAUUAGAAAGCCAUAUCCAAUGUGCAGCAGAAGAGCUCCCCAUCGACACUGAAAAGGAUGAGAUGUAUUUCGGACCCAACCUAGACAAGAUAUGUCGCGAUCAUCUUGCAAAGAUUGAUGAUCACUUAUACAGACCUAAUAAGCAAUUCAGGCCUUAUCCUUCCAAAUUCGUUAAUAUUCGAAACAUUCAGCGUGACACAUUUGCUGUGAUAUACCAUCAAAGCAUCUUGGAAGAAAUUGAGGUCCAUCGAGCUGCUUUUGAAAUUUACGAAGGUGCUAUUUUUAUUCAUCAAGGUAGGACUUAUCUGGUAGAGGAAUGCAAUAUAGAUAAGCGUUACGCCAAAGUUCAUUUAGCAAAUGUUGAUUGGACAACCGUUCAAAGAGAUUACACUGAUGUAGAUGCACAGAGUACAGAUGAAACAAGACAUAUAUUCAACUCUAAAAACUUUGUAUGUUUUGGUCAAGUGAAAGUGACAACGGUUGUAUUUGGUUAUUACAGACUAGAUAAGAAGAAACGAAUCAUGGAUGCACAUGACGUAUACAUGGACCCUAUUAUCACGCAUGCUACUGGUUUAUGGGCAGAUGCCCCAGGCACUUCUGUAGCUAAAUUGCAAGCAUUGGAUAUCGAUCUAAUGGCCGCCAUUCAUGCAGCUUCUCAUUGUUUGAUUUCAUUGUUACCUCGAUUUUCAAUAUCGUCGGAUACGAUUCGAACCGAAUGUAAAAAUCCACAUGCUACACGUCCAAGACCUGCAAGGGUCGCAUUGUAUGAGACAUUACCUAGCGGGGUUAUCAAACAAGCCUAUCGACACUUUGAACAAUUAAUUGAAACAUGCAUCCAGCAAAUUCGUGAUUGUGUGUGUGAGGAAGGAUGUCCGCUAUGUGUUCAUUUAGCUAAAUGCUCAGAACAUAACCAAGUCUGUUCAAAACAGGGCGCUUUAAUUGUCUUGACUGCUAUGCGGGGAGAUCGUUUUUAGAUUACAUAUUGUUUCAACUCAUUCAAGACACGAUCGAUAUAUGUUUCGACGUCAGUUUUUUUUUUUUUUAUUCUCCCAUCCCUAGUUUUAAAGUUUCUGGGUUCUUCUCUCAAACUGUUUAUAAUAAUAAAAAAAAUCCCAUCUAAAUUUAAA